CCUCAGCAGACAAAAGCACCAUUUCCAGCUUCCCUGAAGGUGGGAUUCAGAUUUCCACCCUGCAACCUGUCACAGACCAACCUCCCUCUCUUUGGUGGACUCGCUCUGUGAGGCAGUGCAGCAUUCAGACGGCUCUAGAGGCAGAGCAGGGCAGGUUGACCGAGAGAGAGAGAGAGAAAGAGAGAGGAGAAACUAACAUCACCUGUGUGGGAAAUCUAGAACAACGGAGGACCAAAAAAAAAGGAGGAGUCUUUGGAGAGCAGAGCUCUCGCUGUGUCAACCCACCCACCCCGCCCUACUCUCUCUCACAUGCACACACACAGACACACUCUUCCCUUGCCUCCCCCUUCUUCCCUCCCCGUUUGUCUCCUCCACUCUCCGAUGCUGGUGUGGUGAACAGCAAGACACUCUCGGCUGAGCUGCAUGGAGGCUCAGGGAGGGGCAGGGAGCCCAGAGCCCAAUAAAGACAUCCAGAAGCUGCUGAAGCCCUCCAGCUCAGGUGACCUAUCCAAGGAGUUGUUUCACCGCCCAGCAGGGGAGGAGGAGGAGGUCGGCCUGUCAGGGCACACUGCCAGCCUGCUGCACAUUACGGAAAAGAGACAACCACUGAGUAGUGUGUCCUCUCUGGAGGUGCACUUUGACCUCUUGGAUCUGACUGAGCUGACUGACAUGUCCGACCAGGAACUGGCCGAAGUUUUUGCUGAUUCUGAUGAGGAAAACCACAACGAGUCCCCAGCAGGUUCCCACCAGCCUAUGCUGCCCAGAGGUGGGUACAUGCGCUCCCCCUCGUGGACACGCUGCAGCAAAGUUGAGACCCCUCGAGAGCGAAAGCACCACAGCGACUCGGACACCACCGCAGAGCCCUUAAUGAAGCUGGAGAGGCCAAAGCAGCCGUGAUAUCUGAUGCGUAACAGGCUGACUGCAGAGAGAUAAAACCCAGAGCCAGACAGCCAGAGCGGGAACACGAAGCAGACCAAGAGGCCCCCAUCUGCCACUGUGCACUCACGUAACCAUGGUGCUGACGAGUUCAGGUUGAACUCUAGACAACUAGGUCUGUACUCUAACUAAAGAUGUUGAGAAGUGCAAUACACACUCUCUCCUCCUCUCUUCCUCUCUAUCUCUCUCUCUCUCUCACACACACAAACAGACACAAUCAUUGUGUUUUUCAUGUAAGGGGUUCUUAAUGCACUCUGAGCUGCCAAAUGAUUUUAAACUUGGUUGCCAAUAUCAGACAGACAGGGUAUAUAAUAUCACCAUCCUUACAGCCUCUCAGGAUGAGAAAUAGCUUGGAUGGUGAGAUUGAUUCCUAAAUUGUGUCCACAGCUUGUGGCCAGACCUUCCAUGUGAAGUUCAGAUACUGGGACUCGCAUUGAAUUACCAGGAUAUGAUUUUAAACAAAAGUCAUUAGAGCUAUCCAAAAUAAUAUAUCCCGCUGCGGCUAUUACUUAAUGUGAUGGCUUGAAAAUGUGACAGGGUUUAAUUUCAGUUGCCUGCAAUAAUGGUAACUUGAUCAGUGGAAAUGGGAGUGGAUGUCAGUGAGACCGAGCUCUUUACCCAUCGUACUUUCUCUUAAUGAAGAAUGCGUGUUGUUAUUAUAAUUGCCUAAAUGAAAAUGUUUGCACUUCUCUCACUGAAUUGUAUUUAAAGUGCCCCUCCCCUCCCAGAAUUUUUGGCAUUUGGUGCAGAUGACACGAAAGGUAAACAGACCAAGUAGCAAGCUAUAUGCAAUACACUUUUCCAUGAUCACAUAAUUUGUUUAGAUAAAUGUUUUCUGAUUUCAUUAUCCUCUUUUAAAUAACGAUGGUUGCCAGAUCUGCUGCUGCUAAAGUAGUUAAAGUUUGUCAUUCAAAGUUGGUGGACGCAUUAACUUGAUCGAUGAUACUUGAAGCAGUUCUCAUUAAAGUCAAAUGGACUUAAGUAAGCUUUGCAUGAAUGCCAAAAACCUGACAAAGUGCCAACAAUUUUGUAAUCAUCUUUAAAAAGAUUUAUUCAACUCAUGAUGCAAUAUUUCACAUCUUUCCAAGAAAAGGUUAUAGCUGAUUACUUGAUUUAUUUAUCUCACAUUUAGCUUGUCUAUACCAGGGGUGCCAAUAAUUCUGAAUGCUGUGACACGAUGGAUCAAAAGUGACACUGGGAUGACAGAAGAAUAAAUACA